GAACUGUCAUCGUUCUGCCACUCAGACCAAAUCGAAAAGUGAAAGAGUGAUUCAAGUAAUUUUCUUGUGAUUCUCAACAUAGAAAUUUUAGACAAAUCAUCGUGAAAUUUCCAUUGUUUGGAGUGUAUAAAACAUAUAAUAGUUUGCACAACAAAGCGAAAACAUUGAAAACACAUAGAAACGCGCUUGAAUUCAAGGAAAUUUGUAAAAAUUUAUUUGCAGUAAUCGAAAAAUGGCCGGAGCUACGUUAUUCGAACGCGCUCAAGCCCUCACUAGCGUCAACCGUGAAGAGGGCAUUACGUUGUUGAAUAAAAUUGUACGUGAACAGGAAGUAGCUGAGAAUGAUGAAGAGUUGAUUCGCUUGAAGGAGCAGGGCAUCCUGCAGUUGGGGGAGUUGUAUAAGCAAGAAGGCAAGGCCAAAGAAUUGGCCGAUUUGAUCAAGGUGACGCGUCCCUUCCUCAGUUUGAUAAGCAAGGCGAAGGCAGCGAAAAUGGUGCGGACGCUAGUCGAUAUGUUUUUAGACUUGGAUGCUGGUACGGGCAUAGAGGUGCAAUUAUGCAAAGAUUGCAUUGAGUGGGCGAAACAAGAAAAGCGCACAUUUUUACGUCAAUCAUUGGAGGCGCGUCUUAUUGCAUUAUUCUUCGACACAGGCUUGUAUACCGACGCUUUGGCACUUGGCUCGCAGUUGCUGCGCGAACUGAAAAAAUUGGAUGACAAGAAUUUGUUGGUUGAGGUGCAGCUAUUAGAGAGUAAAACGUAUCAUGCACUUAGUAAUCUACCUAAAGCGCGCGCCGCACUCACCUCUGCUCGCACAACCGCCAACGCGAUAUAUUGCCCGCCCAAGGUGCAAGGUGCUCUCGAUUUACAAUCGGGAAUUUUACAUGCCGCCGAUGAACGUGACUUCAAAACGGCAUUCUCCUACUUUUACGAAGCAUUCGAAAGUUUCGAUAGUGUGGAUAAUGCAAAAGCCUUAACUGGUUUAAAAUACAUGUUAUUGUGCAAAAUUAUGUUAGGUCAGUCUGAGGAUGUUAACCAAAUCGUGAGCGGAAAAUUGGCUAUCACUUACUCAGGCCGCGACAUUGAUGCCAUGAAGGCUGUAGCGGAAGCUUCACACAAACGUUCACUUGCCGAUUUUCAAGACGCAUUGAAGAACUACAAGAAGGAACUGUCAGAAGAUGUAAUUGUGCAGGCGCAUUUGGGUACAUUGUACGACACUAUGUUGGAACAGAAUCUGUGCCGCAUUAUUGAACCAUACUCGCGAGUACAGGUUUCUCACGUUGCCGAAUGCAUUAAGUUGCCCAUGCCACAGGUGGAGAAAAAGCUUUCACAAAUGAUUCUCGACAAGAAAUUCAGCGGUAUAUUGGAUCAAGGCGAAGGUGUACUGAUCGUUUUCGAAGAGACGCCUGUGGACAAGACCUAUGAGCGCGUUUUGGAGACUAUUCAUAGCAUGGGCAAAGUGGUCGACACACUCUAUCAGAAGGCCAAGAAGUUGUCAUAGAUAAACAGACCGUUGCUAAAUAACACAUAAAUAAUUAAAAAAAAAAAAAAACUUUAAUCAAA